UAUGUUGUUGUGACCGGUUAUUUUGCGUGUGAUCUGAUCUACAGAAAUACCGAGGAAUUAGAAAUUGAAAAAUGACGACUCCGCCCCAAAAGCAGAAUAGGAAGAAAAAGAAAAGCGAAAACAGCUUUUUUCGCUUCCGUGGCCCUCGAGAGCCUCAAAUAGUUGAGCUGACUCAGCCAAGAGUGAAUGUUCGUCCAGACUUGGUCCGAGGAAGUUUUUGUCCGUAUCGAGCCUGGAAAAACUAUUUUCCAGUAGAAGAAUACAGCCUAGGAUCUGCCACAGCUUCUAUAGUGAAGGUUCUGGAGUUAUACAUGAAAGAUUAUUUUGAUAAAUGUGAUCAAGAAACAAUAUUGAACAGCGAAAGUAUCACAAUCGAUUUUAAGGAGAUAACAUCACACAAUGUCAUCAAAACAUCAUUACCUGAGUUUGCUGAUAAACUAUUCAAUAAUCCUGAUCACUUGCUGAAUUGUCUCGGAUUAGCGGCUCAUCAAACCGCUGUACAAACAUGUCAAAAACUUGGAAUAGAACAAGAUGGAGAGGAUAAUAAACCUACUUCUGUUGAUGAUAUUCCUGUAAUCAGAGCAAGGAUAAGUAACUAUGAGCCAUCUACUUCACUAAAACAUCUCAAAGCAAGAAGUUAUGGCAAAUUUGUUUCAAUCCGAGGAACAAUUGUGAAGGUGAGCAAUGUCAAACCUCUUUGUACAACAAUGGCGUUCAAAUGCAACAUGUGUGGUCGAAUGCAGGCAAUCUUGCUUAUAGAAAACAACUAUGUCACCCCAAGUGCUUGUGAUGACCCAAGAUGCAGCGGUAAAACAUUCUCAGCAGAACGUGAUCAUCCUCUCACAGAAAUUACAGAUUGGCAAAAUGUUAAACUACAAGAAACUUUGUCUGAUACUCAUCGUGAAUCUGGUCGGAUGCCAAGGAAUGUUGAAAUAGAACUUUCAAGAGAUUUAGCAGAUACUGCAUCUCCUGGAGAUGUUGUCACAGUUACAGGAAUUGUUAAAGUAAAAAAGGCCGAAGAAAAUGGUUAUUUCUCUAAACGUGUACGUGAUAAAUGCAUGUAUUUAAUUUAUGUUGAAGGAAAUCAUGUUGGUAAUAGCAGAAGAAAAAAUAUGCAAGAUUGUCGAGGUCUAAAUGCUGAAACACCAUUGGAGUUUAGCGAACUGGACAUGAAAGGUAUCGAAGAAAUUAAGAAACAAGAUGAUAUAUUUUCCCUUCUUGUAGCAUCAGUUUGUCCAACUAUCUAUGGGCUGGAGAUGGUCAAGGCAGGUAUCGUAUUAUCAUUAUUUGGUGGAGCUCAGAUUGGUAGUCGAAAACAAGAUGAUAGAAUUCCUGUUCGCGCCGAUUCACAUAUCUUAAUUGUUGGUGAUCCUGGUUUGGGAAAAAGUCAGUUGUUACGUGCUGCAAGUAGGCUGGCACCACGAGGUGUGUAUGUUUGUGGCAACACAUCUACAAGCAGUGGCCUGACUGUUACUUUGUCUAGGGAUACUGCAGGUGACACUGCCCUUGAAGCUGGAGCUUUAGUUCUUGCUGACCAGGGAGUCUGCUGCAUAGAUGAAUUUGAUAAAAUGCAUGGUCAACAACAAGCACUAUUGGAAGCAAUGGAACAACAGUGUAUUAGUAUUGCCAAGGCUGGUGUUGUUUGCAGCUUGCCUGCAAGAUGUUCGAUAUUGGCAGCUGCUAAUCCAGUUGGAGGACAUUAUAACAAAGCAAAAACUGUAUCUGAAAAUUUACACAUGGGAAGUGCUUUGCUAUCAAGAUUUGACUUGGUUUUCAUUCUGCUCGACACACCAGAUGAAGCAAAAGACAAAAUGCUGUCUGAUCACGUAAUGGCAAUGCACACUGGUACAACAGCAAUGUAUGAUGAAAAGUCUGAAACUACACUUGAUCUGACUUCAACUAAACCUUGCAAAUCUUCUUUGGAGAAAAGGUUAUCGACAUAUGCAAGAAGCAAGGAUUGUGAUCCUUUGCCUCAUGCAUUAGCUUGGAAAUACAUUGCGUACACUCGAAAAAAUAUUCAUGACAUCACUCUAAGUCCAGAAGCUUGUCAGGUUCUAAAAGAUUUCUAUCUCGAACUAAGACGCCAAGGAUAUGAAGGUGACAGCACACCAAUUACCACGAGGCAACUCGAAUCUUUAAAAAGAUUAUCAGAAGCAAAAGCCAAAGUAGAGAUGAGAAACGUAGUUUCAGCUCAAGAUGCAAUGGAUGUAGUGGAGAUAAUGAAACACAGCUUGUAUGAUACUUUUUCUGAUGAAUUUGAUUCACUUGUUUUUACAAGAUCCUUGAAUGGAUCGGGUGUAAGUGGGAGAGGUGCAGCAAAAAAACUUGUAUCUGCUUUACAUCAGGCUGCGAGACGUAAAUCGGGCAAUAUUAUGUCAAUGGAUGAAAUGUGGGGAAUUGCAAAGAACUUGAAUUUAGAUAGCACAAAAUUUUCUGACUUGAUUGAGUCGUUGAAUACACAAGGAUACCUUUUGAAUAAAGGGAACAGAAUGUAUAAACUGCAGACACUAUGAAUAAUUUUAUCUUACUAAUUAAGUUUUCUAUAGUUUUUUAAUUUUUUUAAUCCAUUUCGUUCUUAAAUUUAUUUUUUAUCGUUAUUUUGUUUUAGUCCACAUAUGUGCCAUAAAUUUCAUUUAGAAUGCCUCACAUUUUAUAACUACUUCAGAGUUGCAAUCAAUUUACUAUGAAUCAAACAUGCCAGUCGCCUCUUGGAUGCCCACAGUCCAAUUCUUGAAACUGAAUUUAGUUAUCUGAAAACUCUAGUCAAAAUAGAACUGCUCGAAUAAAUUUCAGGUACGCGUUAGUCCUAUUUUUUUCUCUGUUAAAAAAUAAAAAUCACACCUCAAAAA